GAAAAGUGACUUUGUCUCAAAUCCUUAUUCCAUAAUGCCAAAUCUCAAGUAACUUUGAAGUUUUGAAGUUUGUAAUUUGUAUUUUGUUAUGCUUGAUAUUGUUCUUCUCCGAGCAGCUGUCUUGGUUUUUGUUUGCAUCAGCUGGGUGCAUGUAGUUUAUAUCAGUUGGAAAUUAUCAGAAUUGGGAGAUCUUGAACAGAACAAUGCCUCUAACGGCUGAUGUAGCGGCACAACAAGUGCAGGAGAGACUGCGAUCUAUGCAUAGAUUAAUAUAUGAUAUAGAAGCAGAAAGAGGUCGUAAUGAACAAUGUAUUGAGAGUAUACUUAGAGCGGAGAAGACAGCAGAAAAUUCACCAACUGCUGAAGAUUCUGGCUCAUCACAACAGCAAAUGCAGUUAAAGAACCUAUACAAAAAUGGUUUGAAUGCAGCAGAACAGGAAGAAAGGGUUCUGCGAGCAGCGUUGUCAAGGAUCUAUGAGAUUCGGGCUAUUAAGAAUGAAAGAAGAAUUCAGGCAAGGCACGCGGGCAAUAAGGAAACGAUAGGUUGUGGAGCCCUAAUGAAAAUGCUGCUAAGCGCAGCGCAGACUUUGCCCCUGCAUGUGGGCAGAGUGGGUGAGCGUGCGCCCCCCUUGUGCGGGGCUGUUCCAGCUGAUGGAGGUCACGUGGCACGUGCCGGAGACGCUGUUGCAGCUUUAGUUCGAGUCUCCGACAAAGAGGAGAAUUGGAUAUUGGCUGAGGUGGUGAGCUGGCUCCCUGCACAAGGGAAGUAUGAAGUCGACGAUAUUGAUGAAGAGCAGAAGAAUCGUCAUGUGCUCAGCAAACGUCGGGUGGUGCCUUUACCCCUGAUGAGAGCUGAUCCCAGGACUGAUGAGCACGCGCUUUUUCCCAAGGGUGCAGUGGUUAUGGCACUUUACCCUCAAACUACGUGUUUUUACCGGGCGGUUGUGAACAGGCUCCCGUCUUCAGCUGCUGAUCCUUAUGAAGUUUUGUUUGAGGAUUCUUCGUACGCGGACGGAUUCUCCCCCCCGGAGCGCGUAGCUCAACGAUACGUGAUCGCUAUCAAGGAGGGCAAAGGCCGAGCCACCUGACCCCGCGCCUCCUCAGCCCCUUCACCCUCUUCAACGCCUUCG